GGAACACAAGCCUUCGGAGCGCUCGCGCGCGCGCGUUGAAUGUUCAGCUAUUUGUCAGCGGCUGCACAUUCUUCUACCGUGGUGGAUGUUUCACACUGCUUUGAACCCUCAAGACUCCACGAUUACUGGAUACGCCGUCACUUGAACCUCGGCGGCCGGAGCAGGACUGUGGUUGCGGCCGUUUCGUUGCCAGCUGUGAGGAUGAAGCAGCUUCAUAACCGGAGAUCAGUCGCCUCCCAUCAGUUUCCCUUUUCAGCAAUAGAGGUCUUGGGUGCCUUUCUACCGGUGUUGCAUCCUGUGACUGACCACUCCAACGAUCUUGGCAGAAUCGUUACGCAGGAAGAAGUCCGGCUGGCCCCAAGCCUGGUGGGAAAUGAAGAAAUGGCACUCCACAUCAAUUCAUGUUUACUUGUCGUCAUAACCAGUCUGUUAGCUUAAGUUUUGGUUCUUCCUAUUGAAUUCUCAAGAAAGGUAUCAACUCUGUCAUUCAUUGAAAACGAAUUUUUGCACUUGGGGACGCAGCCAUGCACAAAGCCUUUUAGCUCAUUAAUAUUUUUAUUCUUAAUGAAAGUGCAGCUCCUGCGUGGAGCAAUGGGUUGACUAAGAUGAGGGUAAAUGAAAAGAUGGCGACAUUAAUUGUCAACAGUUGUCCAACAAAAAAAGUCUCAAGCGAGCCAACAUCAUUGCAAGGAAACCAAAGGCUCCAGCCUGAGACAUUCGUUGCUCAACCUGGCAAGUCUCCUUGUCGAAAUAUUUCCUCUAGCCUGAGACCUAUAUCCACCCUCGACCAACAAUACACCCAUACAUUUGGCAACCCAUGGCAAGGUAACAAAUUCACAUUCAAAGAAAGAGAAUGUAGUGUGCACCCUGGAAGGUAGCAUGAACAGUAUUUUAUUUACUUAAUGAAAUGCAGGUUUGCUCUCCAACUACUUUAUUUCGAUCCCCAUUUUAUAACUGGACAGCAUGGUUCCUCAGAGAGAAUAUUUAUUCGAAGCUCACACAAUUUUGCUCCUGAAGCUAAACAUUUCGACAGAAUUGCCUGUCUGGUUGGGAAAUUGAUUAGAACUUGAGACUGACUCCAACCAAAUAACUGAAUUUUAUUAGCCCGACGUUUCGGAGCCCAUUCGGCUCCUUCUUCAGGGGUUGUUCU